CAACAGCCACAACAAGUCGGCUUCUGGACUUCCCAGGGUGGGCGGGGUAGGACUAUGGGUGGUCGGACCCUAGCCCUGCGAUAUGGGCCCCCUUGGUCCCCCAUUUCUGAAACCGAGGUACCUGGAACCUGGCGCAAGUGGCAUCUCACCAGCAGCGGGGUCGCCCACUACUGGAUCCCACCCUCCCCCUUUCCUCCGCCCACUCUGCAGUCUACGGUGGCCGCGCCCCUGCCCGCUGCUGCCAAGCAGGAUCCGCACAUCUGGGCAUUUGACGAGGUCAUUAGCAGAUGGGAGACCACUUCGGGCUCGGCGUACUUGCCCAAGUCUCACGGCGGGCCCUGCGCUCAGCCCAAGGCAGCAGAGCCUGAGGAUCCCCGGCGCGCACUGGGGGUGAAGGGGUUGGCGGAGAAGCUAAGAAGACACCAGGGCUGGGAUGUCCCUCUGACCACAAAACACCGGUUCAGCGAGACCAAGGCACAGUACCGGGGCUGGCCCGGCCUGGAGCAGAGCGACCCGCUCUUCGUGGAGCCCCAGCGCCCGGAGCUCGCAGACCACCACCGCGGGGGUCCUUCCCAGGCCCUGACUCCCUGGACCAGGAACCCGGAGCUGGCCGGCUGGCCCUUCACGGUGUGCGAGGCGGGUGCCCUGGCCCACCUCCAGCCCUAUCUGACCACCUCCGCCCGUGACUUCCGCUUCUACCAGAGGUACGGGUGUUGCCAGCUGCCCUGCCCCCAGUGCCCCAGCCUGUGUGCACCUACCGAGAGCUGCGCUUCGCCUCUAUCCGCCUCCCUGGCUGCCCACCUGGUGUAGACCCCAUGGUCUCCUUCCCAGUGGCCCUCAGCUGCCGCUGUGGGCCCUGUCGCCUCAGCAGUUCUGACUGUGGGGGUCCCAGGGCUCAACCCUUGGCCUGUGACAUCCCCCACCUCCCCAGCCUCCUCUUUCUCUGAGGACA